UCCUCACACUUGAAAUGAGAUUGAACUGCUCUUCAGGUGAAUGGCCACAUAAAUUCUUUGCUUUUGAGCGAACUGUUCCUUUAAUACGCUCAAUGUGCAGACUGCAGAGGAGGGAGGUGUGUAUGUGUGUGUCGGACAGGGGGGAGUGUCAGUGAAUGAAGGGAUAAACGGAGUUUGUUUUGGAUGGGGGACAGCCUGGGGAAGCGCAGCAGAGUGAGUAGAGGCCGUGAGAGAGUCAGCGGACAGUAAACGAGCCGCAACUGGACGGAACCACGACGGAACCAUGAUUUACUUUCAGCUCUGUCCCCACGCUCUCUGGGUCCUCCUGCUCCUCUGCAUCCCUGCAGCACACACAGCAAAAUGCCCCCGGCAGUGUGUGUGUGACCAGAUCCAGCUCACUGUGACCUGCGUCAACAAGAACCUGACUGAAGUUCCUCCCACUUUGGACGAGAUCACUGUGAAAUUAGAUCUUCGAGGGAAUGACAUUCAGGAACUUCCCACCGGUGCCUUCAAACACACUCCCUACCUGACGCACCUGUCGCUGCAGCGAUGUAACAUCCGCAGGGUGAAGGAGGGCGCUUUCAGAGGCCUCGGUCGCCUGGUCUUUCUGAACCUAGCCAACAACAACAUUGACAUCCUCUACCAGGAGUCAUUUGACGGUCUGUCCUCACUGAAGCAGCUCAUGAUCGAUCGUAAUCGCGUGGAGGAGAUCCAACCUGGUGCUUUCUCUCAGCUUGGCUUCCUCAACCUGCUCUCCCUAACACACAACCAGCUAGUCUACAUCCCCAACAUGGCCUUCCAGGGCUUGCAGAACAUUAAAUGGCUUCGUCUUAGCCACAACUCUCUGAACUACUUGGACACUGAGGCCUUUGCUGGUCUCUUCACACUCAACCGACUCAGUCUGGACCACAAUGAGCUGCAGUUCUUCCCCACAGAGACCAUGACCAGACUGCCUGAAGUUACCCGUCUGGAUCUGAGCUACAACCCAAUGACCUACCUCGGAGAAGAUGUGGUAAUCAUGGCUAAGCUGACCCACCUCUUCCUGGACCACAUGUCCCUACAGGAUCUGGCCCACACAGCUGUAUCCAAAUCGCCCAACCUCAUCCACCUGGACAUGAGCUUCAACCAGCUGCGUGUCAUCCAGCCCUUCUCUGAAGGUACACCCAAUCUAGCACGCCUCAGCCUGGCUGGUAACCCCAUCAACUGCAACUGCUACCUGCGUCCCCUCAGGGAGUGGGCGAUCCGUAGCAAAGUCAAGCUGAUAGGGACGUGUGGAGGUCCGGCACACCUCUCAGGAGACAACUUGGAGGCUGUUCACCCUCCUGAGCUGCGUUGUCAGAGCCAGGAGGCCAUGCUGAAGGCAGAGUUUGAGGAGGCAACCAGGAACGCACCUCCUCCUACUCAGGAGCCAGAGAACAAGGUCAAGUGUCCUGCCAACUGUGUCUGCGAGGCUGAGACACACCAUUCCUCAUGUGAGAACCGCGGUCACAGCAAAGUUCCUCGAGGUUUCUCCCCCACCACUCGUCUCCUCGAUCUGCGUGGAAACCACUUCCACUACAUCCCCAGCAACAGCUUCCCCGGGGUCACCCAGGUUGUUUCUCUACAUCUGCAGCGCUGCAAGAUUGUGGAGGUGGAGGGCGGGGCUUUCAACGGAAUGAAGGGACUGAUUUACCUUUACCUGUCGGAGAAUGACCUCACGUCCCUCAGCCCUGAUGCCUUCAAAGGCUUAACUCAGCUGACUUACCUCCACCUGGAGAAGAACCGGCUCACCAGUUUCCCCAGAGGAGCCUUCAAACUGGUGCCCAGUCUGCUGGCACUUCACCUGGAGAACAACACCAUCACUAAGCUGGAGGCCGACAUUUUGACCGGAGCAGAGGGUCUCAGAGCACUCUACCUCACUGGUAACGCUAUUGAUCAUGUAUCACCAAGAUCUCUACACCUGGCCAGGGAUCUCGAUACACUUCACCUGAGUGGAAACAAGCUGCAGGAGGUGCCCACUGAGGCGCUGAGCACGCUGGGAAACCUCAGAGACCUGAGACUGUCUGGGAAUUCUGUUCGCUGGGUGGGGCCAAAUGCUUUCCGACCAGUGGCGGGGUCACUGAAGGAGCUGUAUCUGGAUAACAUGGGACUGGAGAAGAUGUCACAGAACUCCCUGACAGGUCUUGGUCCAGGCUUGAGGAGUCUGUUCCUGGAGGGCAAUCAGCUGGAGGAGGUGCCUAACCUCCAGCCUUUCACUUCCCUGGAAGUCAUCAACCUGGCUGAUAACCCUCUGAUGUGUGACUGCCCUCUGCUGCCACUGCGCCUGUGGAUGGAGAAAGUCAACCUGAGGGUACGAGCCACAUGUGCUAAUCCCCCUGAGCUGAAGGGCCGCAGGGUCAAGGAUGUCCACGUCUUCAAAGCCUGUCCGGGGGGUGAGGCUCUCCCCUCAGCCCCCAUCGUCACCCCUAAACCUGCAAAGGCACCCAAAGCAACCAAACCCAAACCAAUGCACCUGAAUGGCAUCCGGCAGGUCAAGAUGAUGAAGGCCAAAUCCAAGACUCGUAAGAUUCCCAACACAAAACUGGCUGCAGCCAAGGAAACCACCAAGAGACGCAGCAUGGCGUGAACCUGCUGCCCUUGAUUCUGUAGUUUUAAGAAACUGGCGGAUGGAUUCACCUCUGAAACUGUAAUCUUUACAGACUUUGAACGCUGUAGCUGCUAACGCUACUUCACAGCUAUUGCCAGAUAGAUUUACUGCCAUCUGUUUUAUCAAUAAUGAUAAAAAGGUAACUUUUUAUUCAUCUUAGAGGUCUACAAUGAGUAAACAUGCUGUCACCAGCACCGCACUGCUUCAGAACCAAAGUCAAUGAUACAUAUUUGUAGCUCGUGAAGCUCCUGAGCAGCUCUGUUGGGCUUUGUAGCAUCUGAGAAGAGAAUAAAGAAAAUGUUAUUAACUUUAGUUACUUGUCUAAAAAUGCUGCCGUCUUUGGCUUAAUGCUACAUAUGUAACCACUAGAACAGCAGGAUGUUUGUGAAGAAACCAUGAGUCGACAUUCAUGACAGAAAGUUGAGGAACAGUAUUUUCUUUAAUGAGAGAUUACAUAUUUACAAAUGAAAACAUAUCUGGACAUGAACAAAGAAAAAUAAAACCUUACAACAAA